AUGCCUGUCCAAUCAACGAUUCCCAUUCUUGGAGCGCCAGACUAUCGAGACUGGCUUUCAUUCCAAAGCAACGAUUCAGAACAAGAGAAGAAUUGGCUGUUCAUGCGCGACAUCAUCCCAUGUCUAUCUGACUAUGCCGAAGGCACCAUCUUCACCACAAUCCUCGAGGAACACGAAUGGUUAAAGGAGUUCGUGGAUCCAGAUGCGAGCUUUGCCGUUACCCGCGCAGAAGUCGAGCGUCGUCCAAAUGAGGCCACGAUAAUACUGGCCGAUUUCGUCAAGCAUUUGGCUGGAACAGUCAUAACAGUUGCGUAG